GUGGAAGAGAGACAGGGCCACUGCAGAGGGUGAUGAUGCUAGAAGUGAGUCAAUACUUGGAGAACUACCUUUGGCCAAAUUUUGCUCCAGAGGCGGCUUCUUUUGAGCAUGUGAUGUCCAUGAUAUUAAUGGUCAAUGAGAAGUUUCGAGAAAAUGUGGCAGCUUGGAUAUGCUUUUAUGAUCGAAAGGAUAUGUUUGAAGCAUUCCUUGAGAGGGUACUUCGCCUAAAAGAG